AUGGCGUCGAAAGGAAAGCAGGUGGCCGAAGCGCCACCAUCUGAGCCAACGCCCAAAGUGAAAGCAGCAUGUCAGGAGUGUCGAACGAGGAAGACCAAGUGUGACGGCAUACGACCGAAAUGUUCGCGGUGCCAACAGAAAGGCAGACCCUGCGACUACGACACGGAGCCUGAUGAGUUCAGGAUAACAGCACUCAAACGAAGAUACGCUGAGCUGGCGCGAUCUUCAUCGAAUCAUGAAGCUUUGGUCAAACUGCUGCGUGAACGACCUGCGGAGGAAGCUUUUGAGAUUGUGAAUCGCAUCAGAUCCGACGAGGACGUCAAAGACAUUAUCUCGAAUCUUGAUAGCCACGGUCGACAUGCGGAGCAGAAUCUCAUCUCUGCUAUUGAGCAAGCGAAAGGUGUCGAAGUACAGGAGCGGAAUUCGACUUCGCCAGAGACCGCGCGUUCUCAAGACAGCGACUCCAGCACGCGGCCCAUAAGUAAAAUGUCGAUUGCCUUCUUGUGCGACGCUGUGGCUGAGUCUGGCGACCAAACUGUUCCAAGUCCACAUUUAGCCACGGACAAGACACGCAGAUCUUCGGCGAGCACACUGAUGGGUUCAGCGGGGACCUCUACCAGUGGUGGCCUUAGUCCUCCCACGGAACAGAAAAGCUAUCGACUUUCGUCUCGGAUAGCACGCUCACAGUCGGCUGCGUCUUCUUCGUUACGCUCAGGACAGCCGACAAGACAUGUGAAGUCUACGUCUGAAAGCGACAAACUAGCGACCAAGCGGCGAAGCACUGACAAGUCAUGGAUGAAGCCAUUGCAGAAUGUGAAAGCAGCCGAGUGGGGAGUGUACUACGCGGACGACGAGACUUUCCUGGAGAUACUGAAGUGCUACUUUGUGUGGGAGAAUCCGUCACUAGGCAUCGUGGACGAGGACACUUUUUGGGAGGGCCUUGCGAACAAAGGGUCCGAGUUCUGCAAUCAUGCUCUGGUGCAUGCUAUCCUGGCUCUCGGUGCUAAGAUAUAUGGCAUGUUCCAUCCGAGACGAGCCGCGAGCGUCGAGCACUUCGCGAUGCAAGAGAUGACCAAGAUCUGGGACUGGGAUGCUGAUGCGACAGUACCAGCUAACACGGCUGCAGGACUUCUGAUUCAUGCAGUACUCACGUCUAACGGGCAAGACGAGGAUGGGCAGUCGUAUCUGGCCGGUGCCUGGACUCUGGCCAAACGAUCAGGGCUGUUCGAGAUCCAAAGUGCUGAACAAGUUUACCCUCAGUCCAAUAAAACUCUGGCGCAUCGAAGGGCCGUCUUCGCGUGGAGCAUCUAUGCGCAUCAUCAGCCUGAAGUUAGUGGCCCUCCGCCAGUGCAGAUACCAUCUGUCAUCCACGAUGUCGACUCAAAAGAGUGGUACCCUUGGCCGCUAGAAGGUGCUCUCAGACCUGGACUCAUGGGCAGUAUACGACAAGCCAGAGCCACUCUUUGGCAGUGUGGUAACCAGAUUUCUCCUCUGCAUCGACGACAUAGCCAAAUCAUGCUGAGCAACGAACACUGGCAAGCUGCACUGGACCUUCAUUCCGACUUGAAGCGGUGGCAUGAUGGGCUGAGCCCAAGGCUGCAUCUUUUGCAUGGCGCAGCACCUCAUAUCUUCUCGCUACACAACGAGUACCAUCGCUGCAUUGUCGAGCUCUUUCGACUAUUCGUCCACGCGAGCAACGAUGGCGCAACUGGCUCGAGGUUCGAACUAGCUGUUCGCGAGACAGCCGAAGCUCAUUCUCGACUACGACGCCUCGUCCACCAGAUGGAACUCGAAUAUCCGGAACAUCCACUACCGCUUUGCGCUCUUCUCACACCACUCGUCAUGGUCGCGAACGAAACCCUUCCCCUCUUACCUGGGCAAACUCAGUCCUCCGACGAGGUGUUCUACUUCUGCCUAAGCUUAAAACUUAUGCGCCGCAUGCUCAACGCCUACCCCGUUGCGCGCUUCUUUCUUCUGGGUAUCCGGCAGAUCUCGCAUCGACUGAAUAUCGAGCUCCCUCCUGAGGCAUUGCGGGUCAUUGAAGACUUGGACCAGGACGGAAGAAUCCCUCAGCCGGUCAACAGCUUCUUCCCGCUACACUUGGAUCUCUUGGUGAGUGACAUGGAGAGGGCGAAGCUGUCGAGCUUGAUCGCGGAGAGUGGGCUCGAUUCGAUUGGUCGAGGGCGAUGA